UUUAUAAUAGUAACUCAUAAUAACUUUAUAAUAAUAACUCAUGAGUAACUAUAAAACUAUAGUAACUCAUCACUGAGUUACUAUAGUUUUUAUGAUAUAUAUGGAUCUAUGUCUGCAUGGAUUAAGUUCAUAGAUCCCGAUCAAAAGAAAAAAGAUCUUUAAUGGGUACUUUGAGAAGAAGAUUAAGUUUACGAAAAACCAGAUCAAAAUCUAUGGAACAAAAAGCUGAUAAAGAUGAAACUAGACAUCCAAGUAGCCGCAGUGUUUCAGCUGAUCGUUCUCGAUCUAUGCCAGAAUCAAGAGAAACAUCAUCAUUAAGAUCAUCUGGUGGUAGCAGAACAGAGAAUGACAGCACACGAAGUAGUAUUAGUGAGGCUUCUGGUAUAAGUAGUUCAUCAACUCGAACCUAUCUUAGUGACAAAUCUACAUUGGUUGUUGAAGCUAAUGAAAAUGGUGUAAUAAAGCGUUACCUCAUUCCUACUUCAUUGGCCAACAGAAGUAAGUGGAGAAAAAAAGGAGUAAAAUUACAUGUUUAUAAUGAUCAUGUAUUUGUUGCCAAACAUUUCUCAGGGCUAAUUACCUGUCAAGUUUGCAACAGACAUCUUUCACGACGACCUGGUAAACAAGGUUAUGAAUGCAGAGUUCAGCUAACAUUGAAAAAAUAG